GCGGCGACGGCGGCCAUGGCGGACGGGGCCGGUAGCAACGGGGACGCUGCGGGGCCGCUGGUGGGCAAAGAGGCGGUGGAGCGGCUGAUCCGGGAGAACGGACACAUUUUCACCGAGGCGCAGUGCAAGGUGUGCAGCGCCCUGCUCAUCUCCGAGUCCCAGCGGCUGGCUCACUAUCAGAGCAAGAAACACGCCAACAAGGUGAGACGCUACCUGUCCAUCCACGGCGGCGAGGAGGGUGCCCACGGGAAGAAGAUGAAGCUGGAGGUGAAGCAGGACAGCAAGCAGGAAGGCAGCAAUGGGGAAGACAGGAACAAGUGUUGUCCCAUCUGCAACAUGACCUUCUCCUCUCCGGCCGUGGCAACUUCUCACUACCUGGGCAAGACUCAUGCCAAGAACAUGAAGCAGCAGGCCCCCAAAGCAGAAGAAACGGUGCCCCCACAGAAACACCCUGCUGCCCUCCCCACCUCUACUGCAUCCUCUAAUGAAGAGAACAAGGACAUUACUGACCCGGACAAGUUCUGUAGCCUCUGCCAUGCCACCUUCAACAACCCCCUCAUGGCAAAACAGCACUAUGUAGGCAAGAAGCACAGAAAGCAGGAGACCAAACACAAGCUGAUGGCACACUAUGGACGAACCCCUGAUGCACCAGCAUCAUCCUUCAUGGCUGGGAAGGGCUACCCCUGCAACACAUGUAACAUAGUGCUGAACUCCAUAGAGCAGUACCAAGCUCACAUCAGCGGCUUCAAACACAAGAAUCAGAUGCCAGGAGCAGUGCCGGUUGUCGGACCGUUCCCGCCACAACAGUAUGUCCGGGAAGAGUCAACUGGCCCAGGAGGCUACAGUUACUUCAGCCAAGACCUCUAGAGCAAGUUGCAGCACUAUUCUUGGAGUUGUUGGUGGCCCCAGAAUGCACAUCCUUUGCCAGCCCACAAUGGUUUCAUUAUCCCUCUGGAUAAGCAAAGCCCUACCCUCCUGUAUACACCCGUUGAGCAGAACGGGGACUGAAUCUGUCAGGAAAAGGAUCCAGCUGGAAGAGACUUGCUAGACAGCAAAUACUUCACUCCCUUAGAGUA